AUGAAGGCAUGUGUCGGCCCACGAAUAGACUUGACCGCACACCACACGAUCGAGGAGACGUAUUUCUUCCCCAAGCUGGCGAAACGGAUGCCGGCAUUUGCCAAGGACAAGGACGGUGAUCAUAUCAAGUCUCACAAGGCAAUCCACAAAGGUCUCGAUGACCUCGCAGCCUUGAUCAAGAAAUGGAACGAAGAGCCGUCGACGUACUCACCCGAGGAGAUGCGGGCGUGCUUGGAUAGCUGGAGGGAUGUCCUAUUCAGACACCUGGAUGAGGAGGUUGCGGACUUGAGCGGCGAAAACAUGAAGAAGUACUGGAAAUUGGAGGAGGUGGAUCGUCUUGGCGUCUGA